UUGUUUUUUUUUUGAUCGUGAGAAUUAAGGCUGGAGAUGCUUAGAUCACGUGAACAGUCACCUGACUGAUGUGGUGGUGGCGGUGGCGCGAUCUGAUUCGGCGACGGUGGGGACCCGAUUCACCCAGUCACACAAUCGGACCAAAAAAAAAACUCGUGAACCCUUUUGACUCACCCUCCCUGGCUUAACCACCCCGAGCCCUGUCGCCCCUAACCACGAACCACCCAACCAAACCAAACCAAACCAAACCCCCCCACCUCUCUCUCUCCUCCCCACCUCUCUCUCUCUCUCUCUCCCCUCCCCCGCCCGAUGGCUUCCGAAGAAGACCACACCGUCUACCCCGAAGACGACGACGUCCUGGACGACGACGACGAUGACGAGAGCGAAGACGACGACGUUCUGGACGACGACGAAGACGAUGACGACGACGACACCUCCUCCUCCAACCUCGCCGCCUCCCAGGUCACCAUCGCCGUCCCGGGCCUCCCCAAACCUGAUCCCUCCACCCCCACCGCGCCGCACGGAUCCGCCGGGUUCCUCCCCCCCGACCCCACGCGCCCGCGCGUGGACGAUGUCGCCAUCUUUACAACCCCCGCCGCCGUCGCCGCGGAGGAGAAGAAGCCGAUCGCCGCGCUGGACGACUCGCGCAAGCUGUUCCAGCGCCUCUGGACCGACGAGGACGAGAUCGAGCUCUUGCAAGGGUUCUUGGAUUACUCCACCCAGCGCGGGAUCGGAGGGGCGAAUUCGUCGCACCAUCACCACGACACGGCGGCGUUCUACGACCAGAUCAAGAGCAAACUCCAGCUCGAGUUUAAUAAGAACCAGUUGGUCGAGAAGCUGAGGCGGCUCAAGAAGAAGUACCGCAACGCGCUGAGCAAGAUGGAAUCGGGCAAAGAGUUUGUUUUUAAAAGCCCUCACGAUCAGGCCGCGUUCGACAUCUCUAAGAAGAUCUGGAGCAACGACGCCGUUCGCGGCGGCGGUGGAUUUGACGUGGAUGAUUCGAACCCUAACCCUAGCCCGAUAAGCGUUAACCUAAUUUCCUUUGCGAAUCAGAGCAACAACAACAACAACGGCGUUAAUAAUACCGGUGGAUUGGAGAAGAAGGUGGCGAGGCCGAGGAAGCGAGCGAGAGGAGGAGGGGUGAAAAUUGAGGAGAACAGGCUGGAGUUUAACACGCAGCCUGUUCGACUGGCGGCGCCGCCUGUCGCGGCGGCAGCUACAUCGAUUCCGAAUUUGAUAGAGGAGACGGUGAGGAGCUGUUUGUCCCCGUUGUUCAAGGAGUUGCUUCAGAGCGCGACGAAUGGGGCAGCGUGUGGUGGUGGUGGUUUGAGGGGGUUUGGAGGGGUUGCAAUGGCGGCGAUGAGUCCGGUGCCAUUGAGUUUCGGGGGAUUGAAUUUGAGUGGUAUUGGUGGCGGUGGUAGUGAUAUUGCAACGGAUGAGAGAUGGAGGAAGCAACAGAUAUUGGAGUUGGAGGUGUAUUCAAAGCGGUUGGAGUUGGUGCAGGAUCAGAUUAAGUCGGCUUUGGCGGAGCUGAGGUCGACAGGGAGUUGAAAAAGGAGUUUGGCUAGCUGGGUGAUCGAUGGAUGGUAUUGUAAGUGGUUUGAGGUUUUUCUAUUUUUAGUUCAUAAAUUUACUGGGCAUUUGAUCAAAUGCUUAAAACUAUAGUGGUAAUUGCAGUCUGUUCAGAUUUUAUCUUCUUUUUUGGUUUUUGUUUGGUUAACUUAAGGGUUAUUGGAAUAAUGAUUCUAUUUUCUCUGUCUUGGACUAGUAUUGGGGGAAUGAAAUGAUCUUUAGAAGGCA